CCCCGGUCUCGCAACGCGAGUUCCGUGAGUCUUGUACCUUCCUCAAUUGAUUGAUAAACCUCCUGCUGCUUAGACGUCUUCUGCUUGCUGGGAUUACGUGUCUCGGAAGCGUGCGUUACAUGCUUAGUGGUACUACGUAUUAGUGGCGACGAAAAUGACGAACCCAAUGUUGAAUACACCUCCUAUAUUCUGGUCAUCUGCUGAGGAAAAACCGACCUUAUCGAAUUGGAUAAGAUGGAGAAAAUCAUUUACUAACUACGUGGAAUUACUUCCUGUACUGAAUCCGACCGUUUGUCUUUCUGAGGCUCACAAAAUCACACUAUUCAGGCAGGUGCUUGGCGAUGAAGGUCAGAGACACUACGAUGCCCUACAACUGGAAAAUUAUGCCACCCUCAGUUCUGCUUUGGAUACUUAUACCACGUUAUGGGGGCUGAAACAAAAUGUUUACACUGCUAGAUACUGCUUUUCAAAACUUGUCCAAAAGCCGAACGAAAGCGUCAAUGAUUUUAUUGCACAUAUUCACCAAUCCAUUCCUGAUUGUAAGUAUAAUGAUAUUCCACCUGGAAAAAUUGAAGAGCAAAUGAAAAUUCAAUGUUUGAUUGCGGGAAUAUCGGACGAAACUGCUAGAGAGAAGUUGCUAUCCUUGGAUGAGUCGGCCACCACGUGGGAAAACGUUUGUCUCAUCGUUCGCCAACGUGAGAACAUUACACACCAGUUACGCGAGUUCACCGGUCGGCCGGUAGCUGAUGAUGUGCAGGCGAUCCGUAAAUCAGACAGCAGUGAAAAUCGAAAACAAUUUGUGUGUUAUCGUUGCGGUUUGCGGCAUUCUCACGCUUCCGAUUGCCGGCACAAAGAAAGUAUCUGUCGGAAAUGUGGCAAGAUAGGUCAUCUAGCACGCGUCUGUAGAUCGGAAAGUUCCCGCCCCACGAACAUCGCCUCAUCAAAUCGUCAAAGCAAGAUAGAGUUACGGGAAGAUAAUGUCCUAAAAAAUUUGAACAGUGAGCUUAACUCCGUGUACUUGAAGAGUGUGACACACAAAAACUGUCCUCCUUAUACAAUACGUUUGAUGAUAGAGGAUGAACCGGUAGACAUGGAGCUAGAUACUGGGGCGGCGGUCACCAUUGUAAACCGCGGUUCAAUGAAAAAGCUACCACCUUUGCUACCGUGCAACUCGAGAUUACAGACGUACACAGGUGAUCCAAUUCAGGUGUUGGGCAGAUGUUUCGUUAAAGCCAGGCACGGGGAGCGAGAAUUCACCCUGCCCUUAAUCGUUGUACCUGGGAACAAACCGAAUCUCAUGGGUCGAGACUGGAUACAGUUCUUUCCCGAGACCAUGCAACUCAACCAACUCACUGUUGAAGACGGCAGUUUGAAUGGAUUAUUGAACGAGUUCUCAUCGUUGUUUGAAAAUAAACUGGGAAAAAUGCGUCAUUUCAAGGCUUCCAUCAAACUCCGAGAGGGUGCCGAACCAAAAUUUUACAAAGCUAGAUCAUUACCUUAUGCAAUGCGCCCUAAAGUUGAGGCAGAGAUACAACGUCUACAAUCAGAAGGAGUCAUAGUUCCGGUGCAACAUUCGGAUUGGGGCACUCCCAUUGUACCUGUACUCAAACCUGACGGCUCCGUCCGUAUUUGCGGGGACUACAAGUUGACAGUCAACCAAGCGUCGAAAGUGGAAAAAUAUCCCCUACCACGUAUUGAAGACUUGUACGCGACUUUAGCCGGCGGCCAAAAGUUUUCCAAGCUAGAUCUCAGUCACGCAUACUCUCAGGUCGAACUUGAUGAUGAGUCACAGGAACUGACCACAAUAACUACCCACCUCGGACUAUUCCAGUACACGCGUCUCCCGUUUGGAAUAAAUUCAGCACCCAGCAUUUUCCAACGUAUAGUGGAUAAUAUAGUUAAAGAUAUACCGUUCACCUGUGCAUACUUGGACGAUAUCCUUGUUACUGGUCGCAGUGACUCUGAUCACCUAAACACAUUGCGAACUGUUCUCCUGCGUCUGGAAGAGUGUGGGUUAAAAUUAAAAAAGUCCAAAUGUGAGUUCUUAUCCGAUUCUGUUUGUUACCUUGGUUACAAACUGGACAAAACCGGUUUGCAUGUCCUGCAAGAUAAGAUAGCGCCUAUUGUGCAGGCACCUCAGCCCAAGAAUAGCGAUGAACUACGAUCAUUCCUGGGAAUGCUGUCCCACUAUCGUCGUUUCCUACCUGAUGCCUCGACCAUUCUUGCUCCAUUAAACGAACUGUUACACAAAAACAUCCCGUGGAUGUGGAAAAGUGAGCAUCAAUCUGCUUUUACUUGUGCAAAGAAGUGUCUUGCUUCCGCACCUGUUUUGGUCCAUUACGAUAGUGAAAAACCGUUAAUCUUACAAUGUGACGCCUCUCCAUACGGAGUCGGAGCAGUUCUAUGUCACAAAAUGUCCAAUGGUAUCAUACACCCGAUUGCAUUUGCUUCACGAACUUUACAACCAGCCGAAAAGAAUUACUCCCAGCUGGAUAAAGAAGCCCUGUCAGUUAUAUUUGGCGUCAAGAGGUUUCAUCAGUACAUUUGGGGGAACUAUUUCGAAAUACAAACUGACCACAAACCACUGAUAUCUUUGCUGAGCGAGUCAAAGGGAAUCGAGCAGAUGUUUUCACCGAGAAUGCAACGCUGGGCAUUAAUAUUAAGUGCAUAUAAAUAUCGAAUCUCGUAUAUUCCUGGGUUGAACAAUCAUACAGCGGAUGCAUUAAGCAGGUUACCACAUGCGACCCCAGACGAAAUACUGGAGGAACCAGUAGAGCUUGUAAAUCUAAUGCAACACCUCGACACCACUCCAUUGACAGGUGACACCAUACGUCAGUGGACCGAUCGUGACCCAACGCUAUCUUCUGUAGUGCGAUUUACAAAAACCGGCUGGCCUACUACAGUUCCCGUCGAUCUUAAACCUUACGCACAACGGAAAAAUGAAUUGAGCCUUCACGAUGGAUGCUUGUUUUGGGGAUCGCGCCUGAUUCCACCGCUAAAGGCACGGCCGUUCAUCAUAAAGGAACUCCACAACGCACAUCCAGGCGUAGCCCGAAUGAAAGCCUUGGCGCGCGGUUAUUGCUGGUGGCCUGGCCUAGAUACAGAGAUAGAGAACUAUCUAAAAACAUGUGGUUUGUGUCAGCAGUAUCAGUCAAAUAAACCUCCCGGUCCGGUACACAAUUGGCGUUGGCCUGAAAAGCCAUGGCAGCGCAUCCAUGCGGAUUACUUUGGACCCAUUAAUGGUGUAUUCUUCCUGCUGCUAAUUGACGCUCAUUCGAAAUGGAUAGAUGUUUAUCCCGUUGCCCACCCUACUACAGAGACAACUAUCUCCAAAAUGCGGUCGUCAUUUGCAAUAUUUGGGAUACCGGAGACACUCUGCACAGACAAUGGGCCAUGUUUCACUAGCAAAGAAUUUGAAAUCUUCAUGAAUAGCAAUGGUGUCCAGCAUAUCCGUACAGCUCCGUAUCACCCUGCUUCUAAUGGGCUAGCGGAAAGGGCGGUACAGACAAUUAAAAGAGGUCUCUCGAAACAAGCACCAGGAACUGUUCAGACGAGGUUAGAUCGCUUGCUGUUUGCUUACAGAAUAACGCCCUCGGAAGCCACUGGUAAAUCACCCGCGGAGAUGAUGUUUGGCAGAACACUCCGUACCAGACUGGAUCUUCUGUUUCCAAAUCAUAGAGCACAAAUGGAGAAGAAACAAGACAAGGCUGCCGCAUCGCAAAAUAACCACGACUCUAGUUGGCAGCCGGGUGAUCCCGUAUACACAAGACUUCCCCAUGAGCACUGCUGGCAACCCGCAACCGUAAUUAAAGGUGACUGUACCCAAGCCGAUCUUGAAUUAAAUGGUCGAAUAGUAAGGCGACACUCGGACCAUAUACGAUCACGUUUUGUGGGGACAACAGCAGAUGAACGUCUGGGUGAAUCAGCAACCGUUCAGCCGGAAACGGAAGCAAAACCCCAGGAUUCUUUACAAUCGUCAGAUGAACCAACGCUUCGCAGAUCUCAACGUACGCAUAAACCCGUUGACCGGUUCGUGCCAGGAGUAUAAACAUUUCAAGAGGUGAGGGGAUGUCACGUACGCGAAUGACUUCGAUCCGUUUACUCAGCCGUGCGUGGAUUGGUUACCACACAAAACAGCCAGCCAAUCAUCAGACACACACCCCCGGUCUCGCAACGCGAGUUCCGUGAGUCUUGUACCUUCCUCAAUUGAUUGAUAAACCUCCUGCUGCUUAGACGUCUUCUGCUUGCUGGGAUUACGUGUCUCGGAAGCGUGCGUUACAUGCUUAGUGGUACUACGUAUU